AUGGCCCAGAACCAGGUGAUCCUGCAGUUCCGAUUCGCCACUUUCGGGGACUCCAUGCUGCAGAAGAUGAACCUUCUCCGACACCAGAGACGCUUCUGCGACGUCGUCGUCCGCAUCAACCAGCUGGAGGUCCCCGGCCACAAAGUGGUGUUUGCUGCCGGCUCGUCCUUCCUUAGGGACCAGUUCAUCCUGCAGCAGGACUCCAGGGAGGUCCAGAUCUCCAUGAUUCAGGAGGCGGAAGUGGGUCGGCAGCUGCUGCUCUCCUGCUACACCGGCCAGCUGGAGUUUCCUGAGCUGGAGCUCGUGCAUUACCUGACGGUGGCCAGCUUCCUCCAAAUGGGCCACAUCGUGGAGCAGUGCACCCAAGCCCUCAACAAGUUCAUCAAACCUCAGGCCUCACGCCAGCUGGAGGUGGAUCUGGACCUGCGGCGGGAGAAGGGAGGUGAGGGUCCUUCCUCCCAGGCUCAGAGGGAGCAGGAAUGGUCUCAGGUGCGGACUGUACCUGAGGGAGAGGAGGAGGACGAAGACGAGGAGGAGGACGAUGCGGUGGUGAUGGGCCAGGUUGAGAGGGACAAUAACGUCGAGAGCGACGAUGACGAGGAUGACGAUGUCAUAAUCCAGCCGUCCGUGAGCCCCCUCCAGGUGUGGCGGAGGCGGCCGAGGCCCGGUUUGGUGGAUAACGACAUCACCAUAGUGAAAGUGGAGUCUGUGACCGACGUAGCGGAGAACACCAUCACCGGCCACUUCUCCGCCAGCCCCCCCGCCGCGCUGCACUCCCCGGAGCCGCAGCACUCGCUCAUCAACUCCACCGUGGACAGCCGUGGCAGCGAGAUGGCGGCGCCGCCGGGCAUGGCCGGUUACCCGCUCAGCCCGCCUCCCUCGUCCCCGCUCGCCGAGAAGCACGUCGGACACCAGCGGAGCUACGACAAGCCUCUGCAGUGGUACCACCAGUGCCCCAAGUGCGCCCGGGUCUUCCGGCAGCUGGAGAACUACGCCAACCACCUCAAGAUGCACAAGCUGUUCAUGUGCCUGCUGUGCGGGAAGACCUUCACGCAGAAGGGCAACUUGCACCGGCACAUGCGCGUCCACGCCGGCAUCAAGCCCUUCCAGUGCAAGAUCUGCGGCAAGACGUUUACCCAGAAGUGCUCGCUGCUGGAUCACCUGAACCUGCACAGCGGGGACAAGCCGCACCGCUGCAACUACUGCGAAAUGGUGUUCGCUCACAAGCCCGUGCUGCGCAAGCACCUCAAACAGAUCCACGGCAAGAACAGCUUCGACAACGCAAAUGAGGGCAGUCUUCACGAGGGCGGCCUGGAGUUUGAUUUUGGACGAAUGUAA